AUGAAUUGCCCUCGAACCAGCAACCAGGAGCCCUCCAACGUUUUCAUAAUGAGCAUUGACACUCCAGAAUUAACGCACCUUGAGACGCUCCCGACGGAGAUUUUCCACGCCGUUGUCGACCACCUUCCAGUUUGGGAGAUCAAAGAUCUUUCCCGCGCCAGCAAACGGCUCAGACAAGCCUGUCUGUCGACCCUCUUUCGUCACGUGAAGUUUGAGUUCUCUCAGGCCGGGAUUGAAGGACUCAACGACCUCUUGAAGUCAAAUGUUUGUGGCUAUAUUACCUCCUUUACCUACGAAAUCACUGAACUGCUAAAGACUGCCACGUAG